AUGGAAAUUACGAAAGAAGAAUUGACGAAGGAAGACAAGGAAGAGAACGGAAAGAAAAAGAAGAAAGAAGUUACUUGGUGCAAGAAUGUUUAUUUAUUUUCCGUCCCCUACUACAACAGAAAGUGCAAGUCCCUCGACAUCGACAAGAUAAAAGACAAAGCGAGGGAAAAAAUAAAAAUCGAGCUCGACAACUACAAGCGCAACGAAAUGGAAGUUCACCACCAAAGCCGUGAAAACACGUCUUUUUACUAUCCUCUCCAAAAUCCUCAUCACAGCCAAUAUUCUUAUUCCUUCUUCCGCCGGGACUUCGAACUUUCAAAUUCUAGCGACCGAAGAACAUCACCAAAAUCAAUCGAAGACUUUUUCAAGCUGUAA